AUGGCAUACUCUGAGUUGAUUGCGAGCGUUAAGGAUGCAUUUCGAGAAGCUAUAAGCGAUGCAAAGGGCCUUCGAAAUGCUGCACUGAUUGCUAUGGAUAAGGAUGGCAACAUUAUCCAAGCCCUCGCUAGUGGGACCUUCGAGCCCCUUUCGGCUAUCAGCGGCCCCCAACAGCCCUUCACACAUGACACCAUUUGCUGGCUCGCCUCUUGCACCAAACUCAUGACAGCUAUCGCAGUCCUCCAACUCGUCGAACGUGGCCUUCUUUCCCUCAACGACGAUAUUGCCCUCAUUCUCCCCGAACUUGCCAAAGUCCAGAUACUUGUCGACGUGAAAGAGACUGGCCCCAUCUUCCGUCCUCGCACACGCCCUAUAACGCUCAGGAGCCUCCUCACGCACUCAUCGGGCUUAGUCUACGAAUCAAUGGAUCCCAAAAUGACUGCUUGGGGUGAGUGGGUGCGCAAGAACUACCCGGAAGAGGCAGCAAAUCUGAAUUCGACGGAGCCUGCUAAAGCCUUUUCUGGACCACUGCUCUUUGAGCCAGGCGAAGGGUGGGCAUACAGUACAGGAUUAGACUGGGCAGGGAUUGCGGUGGCGAGGGUCUCUGGACUUCCACUCACACAGUACCUCAAACAGCAUAUAUGGAGUCCACUGGGUAUGGACAGCACGACUUUUGAUCUUUCGACGCGGCCAGAUCUACUCUCCCGCGCCGCACUCAUGACAUUUAGGGCCGAUAAUGGGGAGUUGGUUAGCAGCGAGACUGCCCUAAAAGCAUUUGGUGUCCAAAACGGGACGCUCUACGUCAGGGAGAGUGGAGGCGGAGGCUGUUUCAGCACGGCCAAUGACUACAUCAAAUUGUUGAGAUCGAUACAUAAGAACGACGGGAUGUUGUUGAGGCCUGAAUCCGUCGAAGAAAUGUUCAAACCGCAGCUGGCCGAUCCUAUACAUCUGAAGCGAUAUCACCUGGGCCCUGGAUCGAAUCCACUGAUGGGAAAUAUUCCUCAUGAGACGAGAGUUGACUUCGGACUCGGGGGACUUGUAGUUAUGGACGACCUUGAGCGGGUUGGAAGGCGCGAAGGUUCCAUACAUCCCAAGAAUGGUGUCUGCGACUGCUACUUUCAGCAAUUGCUGCCGCCGGGUGAUAAGAUGGCCGUAGAGAUGUACCAGAGGUUUGAGAGAGCGACAUACAGCUCGUGAUACGGGACUUCAAGAGCACACGAAGAUACAUCAGUUCCACGGCUAGUCUUGAGA